UCCGCCUACCUGUCCGAAGCACCUGGGCGCAGGGGUGCUCCUGUCCUCGGUGUUGCCGGACAUGGCUGCAGAGCUCUGCUACAGGACCGAAAGGGACAGACAACAGCAACAGUUGAUAUAGCUAAACAACUACUUCUGUCAGCCGCUGUCACCCGAACGCACCUUAGUCAUUCCGGUGUAAGUGUAACCCGUUGAUCGGGAGCUAAAACGACGUGAAGCUAACUUUAGAGUCUGCACAUCAGCAGAUGCUUGACGGACUCCGGAGGAGGCAUGCCUCCCGGCCCUCCCCCCGACCCCUGUCCCUCAACUUCAGCACCUUCUCUGCCCCUCCCCCGAGCCCAGACAUGGACAGCAGCAGCAGCAGCAGUGAGCAUCCAAUCAGGAGGACUCUGCACCGGCUGAAGUUGAUGAGCUCCCCCAGCCUCAGCGAGCUGGGGAAGAGUGAGAAAAGUUCACCAGAGGACAGAGGGGAGAAGCAGAAGAGGGCAGGAGCCAACGCCACUUGGAACAGCAUCCACAACGCUGUCAUAGCAGUCUUCCAGAAGAAAGGUUUGGCCGAUAAUGAACUCUACGUCCUUAAUGAAGGCGUCCGACAUCUGUUGAAGACUGAGCUGGGGUCCUUCUUCACAGAAUACCUUCAGAACCAGUUGCUGACAAAAGGCAUGGUCAUCCUUCGGGACAAAAUAAGGUUCUACGAAGGUCAGAAGUUGCUCGACUCUCUGGCAGAAACGUGGGACUUCUUCUUCUGCGAUGUUCUCUCGAUGCUGCAGGCCAUCUUUCAUCCGGUUCAGGGUAAGGAGCCCUCUGUCCGACAGUUAGCUCUGCUUCACUUCAGGAACACCAUAGUCUUAAGUGUAAAGUUAGAGGACGCCCUGUCUCGACCUCGGGCUCGUGUGCCCCCCUCUGUCACACAGAUGCUGCUUAUUCUACAGGGGGUCCAUGAGUCACGCGGCGUGAAUGAGGACUACCUGAGGCUGGAGUCUCUGGUUCAGAAGGUGGUCUCACCGUACCUGGGCACCCACGGGCUUUACUCUGGAGACGGUGCGGAGGCCCACUGCUGUGUUCUGGAGAAGCGUUUACCGUGGGGCUGGUCCAAGUCUGCAGAUCAACCGUCUAAAAACCCUGUGGUACGAUCAAAGAGCUAUAAUAUCCCCCUGCUGCUGACCCCGGUGGCUGAGUAUGACCCAGAUGCCAGCUCUGUUGGCAGUGGAGGAAUUCGACGCCACUCAGCCUGUGAGAUUAUAUCAUGCUUGGAGGAACAAGGACUGGCCUACGCUGACCUGGCCCCAGGAUCUGAACUGUCUGGCUCCUCCUCCAACAGGCUGUGUGUGGGCUCUCAGUUCCACGGACUUGUACAAGCAGGAGCCAGCGCCAUGGACUUGCCUCUCUCGUCUCCCUCCAUCCUUCCCCUCCAUUCCUCAGGAGCUCUGCAUGGCACUGAGGCCACAACAACAAUGACUGAUCUCAGUAAGGGUGCAUCCUCCACGCCGCCCAGUGAAUCAUCCAGCCCUGAAACCAUAAUUGGACAAGUGCUAGAGUCUGCAGACUCAGACUCAGAUGGGAUAUUUAUUGAUUUCACUUCUCACUCAUCAGAGGCUAUGGGGUACAGCCGCGAGAGCAGGCAGAGUACUGUGUAGCUGUGGUUGCCUUUAGGGAACACCCCCCCAACACACACACACACACACACACACACACACACACACACACACACACACACACACACACACACACACACACCCAACCCCAUCAAGUGUGUACGUCAAUAAUCUGGGACAAAUAUUAAAGAAAUCAU